CUUUCAACUUUGACCUCUUGCGGAAUCCCACAUGGUCGGCUGUUGACGUACAAGAAGCAUGCCUACUGUAACUCUAGAAUCACAGAAAAACGGAACCAUGAGUAAAGCUAAAGUAAAGAGUGCGAAGAAAAGAGGUGCUGAAGAGGACAAUGACCAGCUUCCCAUAUUUGACAAAGACGUCACUGAGAAGGCUGGGGAAGAAGGAGAUGAGGACCUCUCAGAUAGCGAGGAGAGUGUGUUCUCAGGACUGGAUGACUCUGGGAGUGACAUUGAUGAAGAAGAAGAGGAUGAUUGGGAAGAGGAGGAGGAGGAUGUUGAUGAUGCUGCUGUCAUACUAGAUGAAAAUCUGAAGAAUAGCAGUGGUGCUGAAACAUCUGCUGAACCAGCUGAGCCUAAGCAGCAAGGCAAAAAAACUGCAUCAAAGGAGAAGAGGAAGAUGAAGAAAGGCAAGGGAGGUGCCAUUGAUGGCAGAGGAGAGAAGGGACUGACCACCACCUUCCAGGGAUUGGCCACCGCCCAGCCGGAGGACGAGUAUGAACACGACACCUCUGAUGAAGAGGACAUUCGUAACACGGUGGGCAACGUUCCCAUGGAGUGGUACCAGGACUACCCUCACAUCGGCUAUAACCUGGACGGGAAGAAGAUCUUUAAGCCCAUCAGGAACAAAGAUGAGCUGGAUGAGUUCCUGGACAAGAUGGAGAACCCAGACUACUGGCGUACGGUUCAUGACAAGACGACAGCCUCAGACAUUCGUCUGACAGACGAGCAGGUGGACCUGGUGCACCGCCUCCAGAAGGGUCAAUUUGGCGACGUCAACUUCAACGAGUACGAGCCGUCCGUGGACUUCUUCACCAACGAGGUCAUGAUCCAUCCGGUGACCAACAGGCCCCAGGACAAACGCAGCUUCAUCCCCUCACUCAUAGAGAAGGAGAAGGUUUCGAAGCUGGUCCAUGCCAUAAAGAUGGGUUGGAUCAAGCCCCGAAAGCCCAAAGAGACCACCCCUCAGUACUACGACCUGUGGGCCAAGGAGGACCCCAACGCCAUACUGGGGCGCCACAAGAUGCACGUCCCCGCCCCCAAGAUGAGGCUGCCCGGACACGAGGAGUCCUACAACCCUCCGCCUGAGUACCUGCUCACAGAGGAAGAGAGACUGGUGUGGGAGCAGCAGGAUGCAGAAGACAGGAAGCUCCCGUUCCUCCCCCAGAAACACUCCUGUCUGAGGGCCGUGCCCGCCUUCUCCCGUUUCAUCCACGAGCGCUUCGAACGCUGCCUUGACCUUUACCUGUGUCCCCGCCAGCGCAAGAUGAGGGUGAAUGUGAAUCCAGAAGAUCUGAUCCCCAAGCUGCCCAAACCCAAGGACCUGCAGCCCUUCCCCACCACUAUGUCUCUGGUGUACCGUGGCCACACCAGUCUGGUGCGCUCCAUCAGUGCGUCUCCCACCGGCCAGUGGCUGGUGUCAGGCUCAGACGAUUUCACGGUGCGCUUCUGGGAGGUCAACACAGGGCGCUGCAUGAAGACUCUGGAGGUGGGCGGAGCUGUGAAGAGCGUGGCGUGGAACCCCAACCCGGCCGUCUGCCUGGUGGCUGUGUGCUUUGAGCGUACAGUGCUGCUGUUGAACCCAUCUUUGGGAGACAGGCUGGUGGUGAGCUCCACAGACCAGCUGAUCACUGCCUACGAGCCCCCAGAGGAGGACAAGGAGCAGGCCGUCACCUGGGCUCUGUCUGAAGGCCUGGAGCACAACAUGGGACACCGCCUUACCCUCACCCACCCCAAAGCAGUAAAGCAGGUAGUUUGGCACGGUAAGGGUGACUACCUGUCCAGCGUCAUGCCUGACAACAGCAGCAACCUGCAGGUGCUGAUCCACCAGGUGAGCAAGCGGCGGACGCAGAACCCCUUCCGCAAGAACAAGGGCCUGGUGCAGUGCGUCUCCUUCCACCCGCUGCGGCCCUACUUCUUCGUGGCCACGCAGCGCUACGUGCGCGUCUACAACCUCAUCAAGCAAGAGCUGACCAAGAAGCUGAUGACCAACUGCAAGUGGAUCUCCAGCAUGGCCAUUCACCCUGGAGGUGAUAACCUGAUCUGUGGCAGCUAUGACUGCAGACUGGCCUGGUUUGAUCUGGACCUCUCUACCAAACCGUACAAGAUGCUGCGGCACCACAAGAAGGCCUUGAGGGGCGUGGCUUAUCACAGGAACUACCCCCUAUUCGCCUCUGGUGCUGAUGACGGAAGCGUGAUCGUCUGCCACGGCAUGGUCUACAAUGACCUGCUCCAGAAUCCUCUCAUUGUACCAGUCAAGGUACUGAAGGGUCACCAGAUCACCCAUGAUCUGGGGGUCCUAGACGUGACCUUCCACCCCACCCAGCCCUGGGUCUUCUCCUCGGGGGCUGACACCACCAUCCGCCUCUUCACCUAAACCACCUUGGUCACAUCUCAAAUCACACCCUAUUCCCUAUCUAGUGCACUACUUUUGACCAGAGCAGUUUGACAAAAGCAGUGCACUACAGUAUAUAGGGAUACCUUUUUUAUCUCAAAUGACACCCUAUUCCC